GGGUCCUCGGGGACCUGAAAACUCCGGAGCCGCAGUCUCCGCGCGGGGCGGCCUGGGAAAGUCACAGUCAGCAGCGCAGUGGCGGGAACCGCAGCCCGGCGGCCCUGGAACCUCCCAGAAAACUCAGAGAAAAACAAUAAGAAGAAUGAAUUCUUCUCUGGUAAAUGCUCCCCAGAAUCUGUUAUCAUUCAGGGAUGUGGCUGUGGACCUCUCACAAGAGGAAUGGGAAUGUCUAGACUGUGCUCAGAGGGCUUUGUACAUGGAUGUGAUGUUGGAGAAUUACAAAAAUCUAGUUUUUGUGGAGAACCAUUGCAUAUGUGGUAAAUAUGAGACGGUUAUGGAUCAAGGUACAAAGCACAUUGUCCAGGGUCAUAUGGAUAUCCAAGAAAAGCAUUCCCAAUAUAAUGGACUUGGAAAAGUUAUUCAUGAAUCUUCUGAAAGUACACCAUAUGACAGAAAGGACAUUGCAGAAAACUGCGAGGACUGGUUUUUUAACCACAGAGACGCCUCUGUUGAAUCAUUAAACACAGACAGACAUAAAAGUGAGGACACUGGAGAAGAACCUUACAAAUACAGAGAAAGUGUAAACUUUUUAGAUUUGUGUUCCAUCACUAGUCAAAAUCAAAGACUCCACACAGGAAAAGAAGAACACAAAAAUACAGAGUAUGGUAAAAGUUUUGACUCUAAAUGUGUACUCACAGUGAGAGCCACUAGUGCAAAGAAGCCACAGCAAUGCAAGAAAUGUGGGAAAUGGUUCAAGAUGUACUCAAGCCUCAGUAAACAUCAGAGAGCUCAUACUAUAAAGAAAUCUUAUAAAUGUACAAAAUGUAGUAAAUCUUUUCUGUAUAUGUCCCAUCUCAAAGUUCAUUACAAGAUCCAUUCUGGAGAAAAACCUUACAAAUGUACUGAAUGUGGUAAGUGCUUUUUUCAUGCAUCACACCUGGAAAGACAUUACAGAUUCCACACUGAAGAGCAUACUUACAAAUAUAGUGUUUGUGGCAAAUCCUUUAUCUGCUGUACAGGUCUUAUAAAACAUCAGAAAACUAGUGGAUGGGAGAGGCUUCCUGAAUGUAAGCAAGGUACUAGAGUGUUCUAUACAUGGUCACACCUUGAAUACCAUGGUAGAACCUACACAGGGGAAAAACUUUAUAUAUGUAAUGAAUGUGGCAAAUCCCUUUAUACAUUUUCAGGUCUUAAAAGACAUCAGAGAAUCCACACAGGGGACAAACCAUACAAAUGUAAUGAAUGUGAGAAAUCCUUUACCCAGAAUGUAAGUCUUAGAACUCAUCAGAGAAUACAUACAGGAGAGAAACCAUACAAGUGUAAUGAAUGUGACAGAUCCUUUACCAGGAAAUUCUAUCUUAGAACUCAUCAGCGAAUACAUACAGGAGAGAAACCUUACAAGUGUAGUGAGUGUGAUAAAUCAUUUACUCAGAAAAGCAAUCUUAGAAGUCAUCAGAGAAUACAUACAGGAGAGAAACCUUACAAAUGUUGUGAAUGUGAGAAUCUCUUUACCUGUGGCUCUCAUCUUAGAAGACAUCAGAGAAUACAUACAGGAGAGAAACUUUACAAAUGUAGUGAAUGUGAGAAAUCCUUCAUCCAUGGUGCAGAUCUUAGAAGACAUCAGAAAGUUCAUACAGGAGUUAAACCUUACAAAUGCAGUGAAUGUAACAAAUCCUUUACCCAGAAGGGCAGUCUUAGAACUCAUCAGAGAAUACAUACCGGAGAGAAACCUUACAAUUGCAGUGAAUGUGACAAAUCCUUUAUCAGGAAAUUCUAUCUUAGAACUCAUCAGAGAAUACAUACAGGAGAGAAGCCUUACCAGUGUAGCGAAUGUGGCAAAUCCUUUUCCCAGAAGUUUAAUCUUAGAGCUCAUCAGAGAAUUCAUUCAGGAGAAAAGCCUUACAAAUGUAGUCAGUGUGAGAAAUCUUUUAUUCAGAAAGCCAACCUUAGAACACAUCAAAGAAUUCAAGGAGAGAAACCUUAUGAAUGUCGUAUCUUUACUUGUCUCUCAAGUCUAAGAAAACACCUGAAAAUUAAUACCUGGGGAGAAAAGUUUCCAUGGGAAACUUUGUCAUGUGCUUUGUCCAAGCUCUGUCCUUAGCUACACUUGAAGCUUCACACUGUAGACACAUUAUGAACAGGCGAAACUUGUGAAAUUCUUUAAAACGUUUAAUCUUGGAAACCAAGAGGUUAUGUUGAGGGAAAUUAUAAAUAUGUGACAAUGUAGGAAAUUUUGCUUUAAACCUUUUACUUGUUCAACCUCACAUACUUCAUAAUGAAGUUAACACAGAGAAGACUGAAAAAAAAAUGCUCUUGUGUAACAGUUUCCUAGAGACUGAAGUGAUCCACCCUGAGAGGAAGCUGAUUAAGGCCAGAAAUACAUCACUCAAAAUAACUUCAAGAAAUACCUGAAACUGACAGGAUUCAGUGUGCUUCACUCAAAUGAAGAAAGUCAGACAAAGCAUACCCCUUAGAAGAUUUGGCAAAUUGAGUCACCAAACCUGGAUACUCUUUAACCUGUAGAUAUUCCUAUGUUUGCUCUGUGUAUCCAAUAUUCAUUAGGUGUGUCCCAUGCUGGUUGAAUUUUGCUCUGGUAAAGCACCCCUCCCCCAUAUUUCUGUAAGAAAGACAAAUAAAGAUGAUUGGCUCAACAAGUUA